AUGGCGAUGAAACGCGCGUUCCACAGGGCAGGGUCCGGAGGAGGAGGAGCACAAGCAGGAGGUCUACAGUCGCGCGCGCUGAACGUGAUGCUGGUGGCGGGGGACUGUUUCUUCAUAGGCAUGCAGCCCAUCCUGGUGUUCAUGAGCAAGGUGGACGGCAAGUUCCUCUUCAACCCCAUCAGCGUCAACUUCCUCUCCGAGCUCUUCAAGCUCACCUUCGCCAUCAUCAUCAUCUUCUUCCAGGCCCGCAGUGCCCGUCCCAGCGUCAAAGCUGCCUUUACUCCCAGAGCCAUCUGGAAGUCAGCCAAGGCGAAUGUGCUGCUGGCGGUGCCGGCGCUCCUCUACGCCAUGAACAACUACCUCAAAUUCGUCAUGCAGCUGUAUUUCAAGCCCACUACUGUGAAGAUGCUCGGAAAUCUCAAGAUUCUUGUGAUCGCUGUGCUGCUGACUGUGGUCAUGAAGAGACGCUUCACUUUCAUGCAGUGUGAAGCACUCGUGCUGCUGCUCAUAGGAAUCAGCAUCAACCAAAUACCGUGUGGUGGCAAUGCUGCCGCUGCUGCCAUGCUCGAUGUCUCCCCACUGGCAUGGGUCUACACAUUCUUCUUUCUCACAAUACCUUCAACUGCAUCAGUGUACAACGAGUAUGCAUUGAAGAGUCAGUUCGACACCAGCGUCCACCUGCAGAACUUCUUCAUGUAUUGCUGGGGCCUUCUCUUCAACCUCAUCUUCCUCCUGGGGGUCUUCGUCGCUCGAGGCGGGGAUAUGGCAUCACUCAACAUCCUGCACGGGCACUCACGCGCCACGGCAGUGCUGAUUGCCAACAACGCCAUGCAGGGCAUCCUCUCCUCCUUCUUCUUCAAAUACGCUGGUCCGUCCAUCACACCGCCUCGCCUCACACUCCACACCUCCUUUCCUCGCUUGCAAUUCCCUCCCGUUCCCCCUCUUUUCUCCCACUUUGCACCCCCCGAAUGGCCCUUUCAUUGA